AUGGGAAUUUCUCAUUAUCUAGUAUUCUUCGCAGUUAUAACUGUAGAAACAGCCAAUGCAAAACCAUCGACAAGGAUGUGCGCUUCAUUCGCAAAAUUUGCAGAAAGAUGGAACCCACUGCCGGAAACACUCCUUACUUGGUCAAAAUCAAAUUGUGAUAAAAUCCAACCAAGGCCAAGUGAUAUGUCAUGUGAGGAUGUCGUUCAAUUCGUCGCAGACUGCGAUUUCAGUGCUGGCACCUUGGCCGACUCAACGAACCGUCAAGUCGCCGAUAGAUUUUAUUCUCAAACAUAUGAGAAUCAACCAAGAGUUCUACCCAAAUAUAUUUAUUACAACGAUAACACUGCCCGAGACUAUGGGCACUUUGGAAACUGGUACUACCCAAACUAUUAUCCGCCCACUUACUUGGGGUUCUUCGAUGGUCGUCCAGCGAGUAUGGCUCAACUUGAAAAUGACUACAAAUUUGCCCGAGGAGGACAUUAUCCAUACAAUCGAGCUGACAACAUUGUAAAUAUCGGACUACAGCAGACAUACCUUCCAACCUGUCUCCAUGAUAUUUUCUACUGUGUUCGUGCUCAAAUUGGACAGCGCCCUGAUGCUUAUCUGAACUAUCGUGAAUAUCGUAAGGAUCGAGAUCAAAUUGCUAACGAAAUCCGCCAACGAGAGAUACUUCGGCGCAAAACGAAAGCUCAUAACAAACAUCAUCAUCAUGCUUCCGAAUAA